GCCGUAGGUCGCGACCCGGGACACUGUGGGCAUUAUAUUUCAAUCUAUCGUCAUUCCUCGUACAUAGUCGUGCACGAUAAUUUCGCAUCGAGAAUGACAUCGAAAAUCUGCUUCGUAUUUUUGCUGGCCAUAUCCGUCAGUUUCGCUAAAGUCAAGUGUCCCAAUAUCAUCAAUAGGAACCAAUGGACUAACGUACCCGCUGGAGAUGUCAACUAUUUAAUAGUACCGAUACCUUACGUGAUAAUACAUCAUACAGUCACUCCAGAGUGCGAUUCUCGCCAGAAGUGUUCAACUCGUGUUGAUAAUAUCCGCAGUUAUCAUAUGGACCACAAUGGUUGGGAUGACAUCGGUUACUCAUUUUUGAUUGGCGGCGAUGGAAACGUAUACGAGGGAUGCGGAUGGACGCGCGAAGGGGCACACACGUACGGAUAUAAUAAAAAGUCUAUCGGCAUAGCUUUCAUCGGAAAUUUCGAAAAUGCAGACGCUAGUCAGAAAAUGUUAGACACCGCACACGAAUUAAUCAAGUGUGGAAAAUCCCAAAGAAUCCUUCGAGACAAUGUACGCGUGCUCGGCGCAAAACAGGUGCGUCAAACGCUUAGCCCUGGAAAUCAGCUCUACAUGCAAAUUCAAAAUUGGCCCGAAUGGUCAAACCAACCGUAGACCGGCACUUUGAAAAUAGAUAUGCUGUCGAUCAAAUCGAGAUUAUCGAGUUUCAUACAAAUAAAAUAUUAAUUGCUUAAAAUCAAAACGUAAAUAUAUUCGUUACUUCUAUAAUAGAACUUAAAUCUCUUUUAAUACGACUUUACGACGGGUAAGUUUUGUUUUUCUUGCCGCAGUGCUGAUCACUGUUUAUAUUAACUUCGUUAGAUUAUGUAGAACAGGCUAGAAUAUUAAAUAUUAUUCUGUAAUAAUUGUCGUAAUCUUGGCGAAAUUAACAAAAAGUAUAACGAAUGUAAGACCGUAAGAAAUAUACGUCAAUGUUCGAGGUAA